AUGGGGCUCAUUGCAGAAACAAGCCACGCUCUGAAGGAGCCUUCAAAAUGGUCCAUCAACUCAUUUCUGUUGAUGAAUACGAUCGUCUUCGCGUUGGCAGGGAUCUGUAAGGGGUUCGACGAAGCGAACAUCGCAUGUCUUGUCGUGCAGUCGCAAUUUCGCGUGGCGUUCGGGGUCGAUGAACAAUCACCGGAUGAAUAUGCCGACACGAAAGGAUGGAUUGUAUCGAUUUUUACCGCUGGGGCGAUCUUCGGCUGCCUAGCAUGCUUGCCAGUUAAUGAUCGCCUCGGGCGGAGGUGGAGUUUGCGGGUAUCAACAUUGAUCUAUGCAGCAGGUGUUGUGGGACAGGGCCUCAGCCGUGGGAAUCUGUCGGCCUUCUACGCGUCGAGAUUCAUCGCUGGGUUCGGUAGUGGAGGCAUCACCGUGGUUCCGGCCAUGUACAUUUCAGAGAUUGCACCCAAGCGAAUCCGAGGACUUCUUGCGAUCCAGUACUCCACUUGCCAACAGCUGGGGACUGUGUUCGGCUUCUUCUUCAACUAUGGCAUCACCAAGGCAUACGCGGGACAUGAUCGGCAGUGGAUGCUUCCUACACUUCUUCAAUUAGUGCCUGCCAUGAUCUGGGGGUUCGGGACGUUUCUCUGUGUGGAAUCUCCUCGUUGGUUACUCUACGUUGGUCGGCGAGCACAAGCCAUCGCCACGGUAUCCCGACUCCGCGGCUUGCCGGAUGGCCAUACGGAGGUGAUGGCUGACAUCCAGAUCAUGGAGUCACAGAUUCUGUACGAGCGGGAGGCUGUUGUGGGAUCGACGCAGUGGGAUCUGGUGAAGGAGCUGUUAAUUCCCAUAGAAAACCGCCGGCGGUUUCUGCUUGUCUUCAUGAGCCACCUAUUUUCUCAAUGGUCCGGGGCAAGCGCCAUCACUCAGUAUCUCCCGACGAUCUUCGGUUACUUGAAUAUCCCGGACGAAACGGCGUCGCUAGCGACCGGUCUCUAUGCCGUGGUCAAGUUCAUCAGCUGCCUGAUAUUCUCGUUACUGGUGAUUGAUUUCAUCGGGCGGCGGAGGUCUCUGAUGACAGGCAUUACCCUGCAGAUCACCACCUUGGUCUAUUUGGCAUGCUACCUGGGCAUUGCAAGCACAAUGACCGCCGCGCACAUCGCUGAGACUCCCAGCGUGUCACAGGCCUCGACGGCGGCGGUGGCCGCGAUAUUCAUCCACGGGGUGGGCUGGAACAUCGGGUGGUAUGGCAUGCCGUAUCUUAUCGGGGCAGAGGUGUAUCCGAUCCGCAUCCGAUCGCUGGCUGUCUCGAUGGGCAUGGCCUUUCACUGGGCCUUCUUCUUCGGAUGUUCCCGGGCGACUCCUGAUAUGCUGGAGGUGAUGCAACAAUGGGGCGCAUUUGCCUUUUUCGCCUGCAUGUGCUUUCUUUCCUUAAUUUAUGUGUUCUUUGCGAUGCCGGACACGACUGGACGGUCUCUGGAAUCCCUGGACGGGUUAUUUCAACGGCCCUGGUAUACAGUUUACCAAGUGGCAUAUGCCAAAAAUGACAACAUGGGCAGUGUGGCGUAAAAGUGGUAGAGUUGGCAGGGAGAGGGUGAGAGGGGCGCCAGGCUGGUCUGGUCUGCUUCCUGUUUCCGUGUAUAUCCGGUUUGUAAGCACGAUAGUGAAUUUGACUAGUAGAAAUAGAAAAAGACACGAGAUCAGAUGUUCUUAUC